AGCAAUUAGGCGUGAUCUUCGCGAACUUGAACUAUACAUCUACACUGGCUGGAGUAUUGAGUUGCCCAUGUGUCUUUUCACUUGCAAUUCACUCGAGGUUUUACGGCUUCCUGGCAAGAUUGAUAUUCCUGACUCCUUUUGGAUCCCAAAUCUGAAAGUCCUUUGCAUUAACCGUAUACGUGAUGUUUUUCCUCUCUAGUUCAUGCAAAACCUCUUUCGUUGUUGCCCUGGACUUGAGGAUGUAAUUUUGAUCGGAUUUCUACGUUUAGAGCAAUAAUUGAUUUUUGAGUUGUCUGCCCCUGCUUUGAAGAGAUUGAUGUUAGCACUGAGUAGACAACGUGAUGUUCAGCCCGGAAUCAAAUUUGUGCUUAAUACUCCACAUCUUCAACAUUUAUAUCUUGGAACACAAUCUGUUGGCAAGCUAUUUUGUGGAGAACUUGUCAUCCCUAAAUGAAGCAGUUGUUGGAGUGGGAUAUGCCUUAAAAAAAGGCAUAGAAUAUGCGAAUUGGAUACUUGAACUUCUCAGACGAGUCACUAGUGUUAAGUCUCUGUUAUUGAAUAGAGACACAAUGGCGGUAAGUUUGCUCUAUCUGCCUUAUGCAAAAUACACAUCAUUGAAUUCACUAACUUUAUUGCUUGCAGACUUGUAUUCAACAACGCCUUGGCUGACUAUUAAUCUUUCUUUCAUGCCUUUUAAGCAUCUCGGAUUUGCUAAUGAUACCCAUCUUUCAUAA